UAAAAAAUAAAAUAAAGGAAUUAAAGAUAUUUAAGUCGCAAAAUAACUUUCAGUCAGGAUCAAAGUUACACAAAUUUUAUGAAUGGUUCACAAUCACACGAUGUCAUGUUACGACGCUGUUCCGGUAAAACCACAUAAAAGAUGACAUUAAACUCUCAUAAUGUGUUAAAUAUUGCCCGUCGCAUCCCGCGAAAUAUCUAGAUCUCGUGCUUUCGUUCAAUAAUUCAUCAAAUGGCGGAGGAUAAUGCUCAUCCGACCGAGGAAUCCGGUGCUCUCGAAGCACCUGAGAGGAAGCUCGACAGAUCGAGUCGUCCGCGAGAUCAAAGAGGAGCCCUCAGGGUCAAGGACAAGCCCGAAGAGAGUCAACUUCCGACCCCGCCCCCGGAUCCGCAAUGCCCUCCGACUGCGCGGGAACAUCGCUCGGGGGUGACGUCUCGCGGGACCGAGGAAGAAGAGGAGGAUCUUACGGCUUAUCUCAGCGAGCUCGGUACGUCGCCGUUCGAGGGUCACUCAUUCGAUUACGACAUCACGCCAAACUCGACGACCUCGGCGAUGGGAGGCGACGCGGUCCCCUUCACCGAGGAGGCGUUCGAACACCUGGACCGGCUGUGCACGCUGACGGAGCAGAUCUUGGAACUGCGCCUACGCAGCUCCGAGCAUUUCCGGCGGGUGCGGGGCCUGGAGCGCGCGAAGGUGCAGCGGAAUGCCGAUCGGCGACUGGAGAUCGCCCUGGCGAACGGCGAGGAGUUGCACCACGACUUCCUAGACGAGGACACCGGCUUCGCGGAAUCGUUGCUGGACGCGAUGCUGUCGAACUGCCGGGACGCCGCGUUCUCGACGCCGAGGCGGAGCGAGCGCGCGAGCGUGCGAUCGUCCGCGUCGUCGAGGCAACGAAGCCGAUCGCUCGCGCUGGUCGAACAGAAUCUCGGCUCGCGUUUGGUCGAGCAGACGGGAGAGACGGACAAAUGUGCCGCGAGGAACGCGAGUCGCAACGGCGGCCCGAAGAUCAGCAAGUGGACCAGAGUGAAGGCGGCCUUCAAAUGGGAGCGCGCGUGUACGAACGAUCUCGCGGACAUCGCGGAGCUGGACAUGCCGACGACGACGACGACGACGACGACGACGACGUCGCCGAUGUCGACGACGAGAUACCUACGGAUCCCGGACGCGACUACCACCGGAAGCUGGAGCACCGGAUCGGCGCUGUCGGCAUGCACAAGCGAGGUUUCCAGCCCGUCCACGCCAAUUGGCAGAGUAUCACCUGCGUCGUCGUCGAAUGAUGAGGUGUUCGACGAUUCGCGCAAAAAUAUUAUAAACUAUCCAGACCGAUCGCUUCACGUGAAGGAUGAUAGAAGAAAGGAUGAUCCAGAUCGGUACGUUCGAUCGCUCGAUCGCGACACGUCCGUCACAGAGAGCGCUGAUUCUAUAGAAUCUCCUGGUGAGGCGAAUCGCGCUAAACCGCUAAUUCGUAUUAUAUCGGAUGCGGAUGCGACAACGCAUGCUGCAAGCGGAAAAGAUCCAAACGCACCGCCGAAGAAACCGACGCCGACUCUGACGAUCACGAUACCGUCGAACGAGGAAGAAAUCAAAAGCUUGUCCUCUCCGGAAUCGAUCUCUCCUCUUCCGUCGAGCGCACAAGAUUCCGGCGGAAGUUCACCGCAACGUCCGAGGAUGCGGCAGGAUAUUUCGAGUCUGAGGGAAUUUAAACGACAGUAUUCGACAAUCGAGGAAGCGAUAACGCCCGCGCCAAAGAUACAGCGGCAAGACUCGAAAUGGCACAAGGUCAGACGAGCCUUUCUGACAAACGCCACCUUCAGCGUUCCUCCAAGCCCAAUUAGGAUGAUCGCGACGCAAUCGUUCGCGAACGAUGAUACGCGCCGAGCUCGCAGCUGUAGCGAAAGCAUCGAGGAUCUCGGUAAAACCGUUGCAGGUACCAACAACGGCCACUAUCGGGAGGCGCGCAGGGAUUAUCAGGCGUUACGGGAGAAAUUUGGAGCCGAGUUCCAUCGGAAGCUGAUCGAAUGGGAGCGCCUGAAAGGUUCGCAGAAUGCUCGCAACGGUCUACCGCUGAACGAAGAACGGCUCACGCCCGAGUUUAGGAAGAAAUUGCAGGAUUGGAAACGAGCGAAAAAGGGUCGUCGAUCUGGAGGGGUCAUCCAGCAGCAGCGCGUUAGCCGUCGACGGUUGACCGACUGGCAGCUCUGGCGUUCCUCUUCGAAACCUGAGCCCAGGUGUUACGGCAAAAAUCAGAGUUCGAUCGGCUCGCGCGGAAGCUGCGCGAGUAUCGGCAGCGCGGGAAGUUUUGGUAGCGAUGGAAAACAGCAUCUUUGCGAGGAUUUUAUCAAGAGAAUGGAGGCGUGGAGAAGAAUGAGCGAGACCGCGUGUCGAGGCGGCGAGAGACCGAAAUCACCGACGACGAACCGUGUUACGUCCAACAUCGAUGAAACGGAAUUCCUUUCUUUGGAAAAACUGCUGUUAUUGUUUGGGCAGAAGACCAGAAAAGAACUUCGAGAGAGCGACGCGAGGCAACUGAACGAUUGCUUCGAUGGCGACGCAAGAUUUAUGGCUGCAUCUCGAAGCGUAAAUUGUGGCAAUGAAAUAUUGAUUCGUACGUCCGUCGGAUCUUACCGUUUCGAGGGUAUAUCUCGAGAAUUUACGAGAAAGCUAUAUGAUUGGGAGAAAUACCGUGGGAUAUCACCGAGAUCGUCCACAUUCCGUCUUUUGGGACCAGGAUACACGCCUUUUGCCCAAGAUUCGGAUGAAGUUACAUUGGCAGAGACAUCAAGUACGACAGGCAAGAAUCGUGCAUUCCACUGGACCCUGAAGAGAUCCAAGUCCGAUGGCAGCGUCUUCGAAGGCAGCCUUCGUGACGAAUCGUUCACAUUACGUCGUUCCGCGAGUCUUCAAUCUCUCACUUCUACAGGCAAGCUCGAAGAUGAUACUCGAAUGGAUGUCUUACCAGUCUCCAAUGACUCACAGGGGAUCAAGGAUCCUUCGGAGGAUAUGGCAGUGGAGGAUUCUGAGCCAGAGGCGAUGAUCGUCGAUAUAGAGGAUGUUAUCGAGGAGACUGCCAGUCCUUUGGCAGGAGUACAACCCCAUCAAACGCCGGUGUACUCCGUCGCGGCCAGCGAAACCACUAGCAUCGCCGUUCCUCUCGGUACAGUCACUUCGAGUCACGAGCCUUCGCCAGUGUUCCUGAUCAAAAUCGAGGAAGAUGAAGAAGAUUGCGAACGAUGGAAUGACGGAAAGAUCGGCCCGGAAGCUUCCUUGAGCGAAAACAGUCCGAGUCCAGAAUACUUCCCGGUAUCUGAAGAUUGCGGUGAAAGAACGAUAUCUUUGGACGAAGAAAAACAGAGCUGGGAGCCGAGUUGCUGCAAGGAAGACGAUGACUCCGCGGGAUGGAUCGAGAAAACACGAUGUUCAAUUCCGAAUUCCAACGAUUCUGUAAAGUCCGACCAUUCGGUGGGGUGGAAUCAGGAUACUUGGAACGAGUCAAGCGAUGAAGCAAAUAGAGAUUCGAUAGGGCUCGAAUUGUCUCCUACGACAAUCUGCGAAAGUGAAAACAAUAUAAGGAAACAAGAUAUUCUCGGAAGCGACAACGUUGGAUUGAUACACAUUGCGGAGAGUUUCGAAACUUCAUCGGUGGCUUGGAACGCAGAGGAAUCGAUGGACCCAUCGCGCACGUGUGAGGGGAUGAGCGAGAUGCGUAAGGAGGAGAUCGAGGAUCUACCAGAUGAAACAUCGAACAACGAGCGAACGAGCGACACGAAAAACCACCAAGAUGACAAAGGCGAUGGGAAAGCCAAGCAAGGGAAGAUAAUUCUCAGCGCAGAUUUUUGCACUUACCAAUUAGCAACAGCGUCAUCGUCAUCGGAUUCCAAGGAAACUUCAUCGAAAUUAUCGAAUUCAAAUUCGAAUGAUAACAAAGAUAUAUUGGAAUACUGCGACGUUGAUAGCGAGAACGAAGCACAUUAUGAAAGUUGCGAGUCACCCGAGUUGCAGACCGAUCGACAUUACGAAAUUCUCACGUUUAAAAACGACACAUGCAACGAUGCGACAGAUAGCGGCUUGUACGAGCCGAUCGGAUGUCACGAAAUUCGUAGUUCCUUUUAUGACGACAGAGGCAACAGCGUAAAAGUUUCUUCGUCAUCAGGAUUACCAGAAAUGAAGAGACCACAUCUCCUAGAGACUCCGAGAGGUCCUUUAACCAAUUCAAUCGUUCAGACCAUCCCGAUAACCGUCUCCAGAGACAACAGAGCGCACUGCUUGGAAAAAAUAUUGAUCAAUGAGGAGACAUUGAAUAAAAUAAUUGUUUCUACGAUGAGUGCAAAAAAUGGAACGAAAUCUGCGGAAAGAAUUCAAGAUCGUUUCGUAAACUUGAACCGUUUGGACGAGACAGCGGCCAUCAAUAAUCACGCAUCUACAAAAAUAAUUCGCGAUUCCCAAAUCGAAAAUAUUAAGAAAGAUGGCUCUACUUCUAGAAACGUCUUUGUGAAGACGAAGCGUAUGAUCUUCGGUCCGUUUCGUCGAUCGGAAGAGCAACCAUCCUCGAGAAAGCAAAGCGACGGUUCCGUCGAUGGCCGACUUGCACGUUCAUCAAAAUCUAAGAGUAAGUCGCGAUCAGCAUCACCGAAAUUAUGUCGACAGGACGCUUUGCUGCGUGUGUCAUUGUCAUUACCGUGGCCUCUGCGUUCCACGUCGAAGGACAGCGAAAUUCCCUCCGAAACCGAGUCUAGGAGAAGCUCGGGAAGUAAGAUAGAAAAUGCAACAACGAUACGGGAGAAAAUUUCACUUUGCAAAGAGAGCAACGUAGAUAAUAGAAAGCUAAGCGAACAAUCAAUUAACGAAGAAUUACCAUUUAUUGAUGUAGACCAGGAAAAAGUUUGUCGAUCGGACGCAAAGUUUAUAAGUGCAUACUCGACAAUUUCCGUGGAAAUUUCUGAACAAUCGGAGAAAUCAAAGAUGACCACGCUCGAGCGGGAUGAAAUGUGGAAUGAGUUUAGAUGCAACAAGACUCAGAACAAUGGAGAAUGCAAGUUCAAGUUCAAGUGUGCGCCAAGUCGAGUACAAUUUGAAGAAAAACUGGCUAAGGAAAACUGCAGCCAGAAACAAGACGAAGGAUGGCAAGAGGAGAUGAAAUUCAAUCGGAAACAGGACGAGGCAAAAUCGGACAAAAGUCACACGAGGAGCGAUAUGGUGCCAUCGGAUUUAAUUCAUAAGCUUAAGAUACUUUCGGACGCUGCAGCGAGAAGGGAAGGACGAGUGACAACAACGGAAUCUUCUAUAAUCAGCAGUUCGGAAUCGCGUUCAUCUAAGAUACGACGUGCCAAAGAGAGUUUCCUAUCGCGAAGGGGUGGUCCUUUCUGUCGCUCUAUGACGGAACCGUCGGAAGCGGCCGUCAACCCCGAUCCUUGGGGACGAACAUCGACGGCUCGGACGACAUCGAGAAGAGAAUUGACGGGAUCAAGUGACGUCGCGGUUGUUGUUUCGAAGUCGGAAGAACCGACAGCUGCGAGAAAUGAAACGGAAACAGCGAUGUCGAGCGCGCAGAACGACAUCGCUUCUUCGGAAGAGGACAAGAUCGAUUCGUAUCAGAUGAGAGAUCAAGCGAUCGACGUUCGAUCGGAGUCAUUAGUGAAAUCGGCAAGCGCUGGCAUGAUCAACGUGGAUCCUGACACAUUCGAUCGGCUGGUUACGACCGAUCGUGGAUGCGAAUCUCUGCCGAGGGCGAUUACAAAACGCCGCGACUCCUCAAGUCCGUUGGCCAAAAUUGUCGGUAAACUGAAGCUUUCACGAUUGAUUCGCGCCAAGAAUGUCGACGGCGGUAAUAUGAGCACGAUCUCGACGUUGUGCAGGCAGAGUUUGUUGAUCGACAUGCGAAACAAUCCCAGAGAUCAACGAAGUAACGAGCAGAAGGCUGGGAAUGAUCCGAUCAAUGCUGUGAGAGAUAACGAUGACGAUCAUUCGGAUGAAUCUUCUAAAAUAAUUCAUGAAUGAAUCUUUUUUUUUAAUUGAUAUGAUUUAUAUAAUAUUCCAGGGGUCUGUGAAUUUUUUUAAAUCUAUCCAUUCUGGAUUUUAAUAACGAGAAAAUUUUGGUCUUCGGUAAAAAAAUAGAACAGCCUAUAUGCAAAUUAAAAAAUAGCAUGUAAUUAUAUAUCUUAAGAGCUAUAUUUGUUUCAAAUAUUAUUUAAAUGAUAGAAAGAAUAAUACGUUAAGCUUUAUGAGGAAUGCGUAUUAGGAUCGAUGUUAAUUAAUUUUUGCAAAGCUGAAAUGCAAACAGCGUACAUUAUCUACAACGAU